GGGUCCGCGGACGCCAUUGCGCUGCUACCGGCUGGCUGCGGUCUUGUAGGGUACGCAGCAUCUCGCGCCUCGUUUCUCACCCUACCCUGUCCGGUUCUCCGGCCCGGCCUGUGGCCCGUCCCCGGCCUGGUCUCCGCCCCGUCCACCCCCGUCCCCGCGGCGGCGCGCGCGGCCCGCUGGGCGGGGUUCCGGGGAUGAGGCGGCGGCGGCGGUGCGCGGAGAAUAUGCUCGGCAGCUGAGGAGACGCGGCGCCCGGAGCGCGGCGCGACCCACGGGAUGGCUCAGCCGGCCGGCCCGGAGGGCGGCGAGGGGCCUCCGGACCCCGGGGCAGCCGCGGGCCCGCAGCACGCGCUGAGCCUGGAGGAAAUCCUGCGGCUCUACAAUCAGCCCAUCAACGAGGAGCAGGCGUGGGCCGUGUGCUACCAGUGCUGCGGCUCCCUGCGCGCCGCGGCCGCCGGCCGCCGCCAGCCCCGCCGCCGGGUGCGCUCGGCCGCGCAGAUCCGCGUGUGGAGGGACGGCGCCGUCACCCUGGCGCCCGCCGCCGGCGACGCGGGAGAGCCGGACGCCGCCGCGGGUAAAUUGGAAUAUUCACAUUGUACAGAAACAGAGGUUAUUGAAUCUUUGGGAAUUAUUAUUUAUAAGGCACUGGACUAUGGCUUGAAGGAGAAUGAAGAAAGGGAAUUAAGCCCUCCCCUGGAGCAGCUCAUUGAUCGCAUGGCCAACACGGUAGAGGCUGAUGGCAGCAAUGAUGAAGGCUAUGAGGCUGCCGAUGAAGGUCUGGAGGAGGAGGAAGAUGAGAAGAGAAAAAUCUCAGCAAUCCGGUCCUACAGAGAUGUCAUGAAGUUAUGUGCUGCUCAUCUCCCAACUGCAUCAGAGGCACCAAAUCAUUAUCAGGCAGUGUGUCGUGCACUGUUUGCAGAGACAAUGGAGCUGUAUACAUUUCUGACUAAAAUUAAGAGUGCAAAGGAGAAUCUGAAGAAGAUUCAAGAAAUGGAGAAGAGUAACGAAUCUAACACAGACCUGGAGGAGCUGAAAAACGCUGACUGGGCUCGAUUCUGGGUGCAGGUGAUGAGGGAUUUGCGGAAUGGAGUAAAACUCAAGAAGGUCCAAGAGCGGCAGUACAACCCUCUGCCCAUUGAAUAUCAGCUCACCCCUUAUGAGAUGCUAAUGGAUGACAUUCGAUCCAAAAGAUACACUUUGCGAAAAGUGAUGGUGAAUGGUGAUAUUCCCCCUCGGUUAAAAAAAAGUGCUCAUGAAAUCAUCCUGGACUUCAUCAGAUCAAGACCUCCUUUAAAUCCAGCCUCAGCCAGAAAACUGAAGCCUACUCCACCGCGGCCACGGAGCCUCCAUGAAAGGAUCCUGGAAGAAAUCAAAGCAGAAAGAAAGCUGCGGCCCGUGUCACCAGAGGAAACCAGACGCGGCAGGUUAGCAAUGCGGCCACUUAGCAUGUCUUACAGUUUUGACUUGUCAGAGGUAGCUACCCCUGAAUCUCCAAAGAAUGUCCUGGAAUCAUCGAUGGUGAAUGGAGGUUUAACGUCACAAUCAAAAGAAAAUGGGGCAGGUGCCGUACAGCAGGUGCCUGUGCAGCGGAAGAAACUCCUCAAAGCCCCAACUCUGGCCGAGCUGGACAGCUCUGACUCGGAGGAAGAAACUCUGCCCAGGUCAGCCAGCAGCAGUGCACCUUCCUCAUUCCUUGAAGCUCCCUUUCUGGAGGCUGUGUCCACAAGGAAGAACCCUCCGAAGUUCUUGCCCAUAUCCUCCACACCCCAGCCAGAACGACGGCAGCCACCCCAGAGACGACAUUCCAUUGAAAAGGAAACACCCACUAACGUGAGACAGUUCCUGCCAGCGUCCAGGCAGAGUUCCCGGUCUCUCGUUCCUAGGAUAACCAGAGUAUGGCCAACGACACCUUUCCGACCGCUUUUUUCUACCCUUCAAACAGCUUCUCUGCUCGGCUCUCACCCUUUGGAGGCAGCCUUGUUGGGGGUAGCAGGGGCUAUGUAUUAUCUGUGUGAGAGAGCUUUUACCAGCAGGUGGAAAUCCGCAAAGGAGGAAUUCUGCUACCCAGUGGAAUGCCUAGCACUUACUGUGGAGGAGGUGAUGCAUAUUCGUCAGGUCCUGGUGAAGGCAGAGCUGGAAAAAUACCAACAGUAUAAAGAUGUCUACACUGCUCUGAAAAAAGGAAAGCUCUGCUUUUGUUGCCGAACCAGGAGAUUUUCCUUCUUCACUUGGUCUUAUACCUGUCAGUUCUGUAAGAGGCCGGUGUGCUCACAGUGUUGCAAAAAGAUGCGGCUGCCCUCCAAGCCAUACUCCACCCUUCCUAUCUUUUCAUUGGGACCUUCUGCCUUGCAGAGAGGGGAAAGUUGUAUGAGGCCAGAAAAACCCUCCACUGGCCACCAUCGGCCACUUCGGAGCAUUGCCAGAUUGUCCUCAAAAUCCAAGUCUGUGGACAAAUCAGAUGAAGAACUCCAAUUUCCCAAAGAGUUGAUGGAGGACUGGAGCACCAUGGAGGUGUGUGUAGACUGCAAAAAGUUCAUUUCAGAAAUCAUCAACUCAAGCCGGCAUAGCCUGGUGCUGGCCAACAAAAGAGCCAGAUUGAAAAGGAAAACGCAGUCUUUCUACGUGUCCUCGGCAGGCCCUUCGGAGUACUGCCCUUCGGAGAGGACCAUCAGUGAGGUCUGAGCCCCGUGCAUUUGUGUGCAGAGUCGCAUUCGCGAGAGAACACUGAGCGGGGCUGUCUUCUCGCCGCAGUUAACUGGUUCGGGUUUGCAUGGGAUCAGGGUUUUGCUGCAUCACACUGUUCCACAGACUGAACACUGUCUUCAUAUCAGCCAGUCCCUUGUCUGCACUGAGAGAGGACAGUAGUUUGAAACUUGCUUCUGUGUGUGUGGUGAUUUGGAGGCCAGAAACUUUUUCCUUAGUUCAGUUCUUUACUGUCCCUCAAAUAAUUUUCUGACUGAGGCAGAAAGCUUCUGGUGUGAGAAAUCCGUCUAACACAGGCGUCGAAGUCAGCACAGUCUAAGAAGUAAGUCAUAUUGGCAUUUCCACCCGACAGUGUUCCUGCCUGAUGCACACAGAUCCCUGGAGGCUGGGCCAGGCUGUUACCAUCUCACAGCACAGAACCUACAAGGAUUUGCUCAUGCUCUCAAACUGGUUUUAAAUUAUUGUUGCUCUGAGAUAAAGACUCGGGAGGGACUUUACUCCACGCUCCAGUACAAAGCAUCUGAAUAAGCUGUACGCUCAAGUGGGCGCCCAUGUCCCCCACGCUGUGUCUGUGCCCGGGGAAGUGGGGCAGUGUCUCUUGAGGCAGGUGCAGGGCUUUCCUUGUCUUGAAUGUAUUAUGGUUACUAGUAGUUUUAUAUUGGAGGUCUAAGAUUUAAAGUUUUGUGGCAUUUGGGGACAAGGGCAGGCUAGAAGUUUGUCCAAAAGUUGAGUAUUUUGGCCAAUAGAAGAAGGGCUGUGAGUGCGUCAGCCACGCUGCAGGGAACGAGCUGGAGCGCUCACAUUUCCAACCGCGGUUUUCAUAACUUUAGUCUCGCCAUCAUGACUAAAUUAAGCCACAAUUUGGUAUCUGAGGUCUCAAACUGAAAUUUAUUUUUAUAAAUGAAUUUUAAAAGCAAAAACACGGUCUAGUUCAUUUAAAAUUAACCUGCUGAUAGGCUUUGUGGAUGCUUUUUGCACACGUUCUCCUUGUAAGUGACUUGAAUAGGACGGGUUUUGAUGAAGCCAGGUUGAGGCGGCACCAUACACUGUCAUUUCUCGACUUGUGUGGCCCAUUCCGUGGCCAUCUUUAUGAUUUUGGUUUGCUUGGCAGACCAGCCAGUCAAGUUGCCAGUCAUGUUUGGAAGCUCGGUUAAUGCACAUGCACAGCAGUUUCCUGAACACUCUCUAGAACACACCUGUAGUCAGCACCGUGACAGCACCGCUCACCAAAAGGCAGGGCAGUCACACUUCACACCACCUCACAAUACAGGAACAUUUCUAUAGCGAAUUAACAGUAAUACCUCAGAACUGCCCUGGUAGUGGUUUUACGUGACUGAAAUUUAUAAAUUAGUAAAUAGCUUAAAAUUACUUACACUUACAAAAUAAACUUUACCAAUUGACUGAAGUAAUGCAUGUUAACAGUUUGUCUGUAUUUGCAUGUAAAAGUGGGCCACCAGAGAACCCUUACUGAUUAUGGAAACGUUUAAAGUUUUAAAGACUCUCACAUAAGAGCUUUAAACAUUAUAUUGAGUGAAUCUCAUUUAUAAAAUUUUGGUGUGGGCUUCCCUGGUGGCGCAGUGGUUGAGUCCGCCUGCUGAUGCAGGGGACACGGGUUCAUGCCCUGGUCCGGGAAGAUCCCACAUGCCACGGAGUGGCUGGGCCCGUGAGCCAUGGCCGCUGAGCCUGCGCGUCCAGAGCCUGUGCUCCGCAGCGGGAGAGGCCAUGGCAGUGAGAGGCCCGCGUACCGCCAAAAAAAAAAAAAAAAUUUUUGGUGUGAGCAGCUUCUAAACAAACAACCACCAGGAAGGGUGCAAGGGAGAUGGGGUGGUGUUUGUAUCCAUGCACAGACCAGACCUAGGAGAGUGUGCUUUUUAAAAUAACGACUUGGGCUUCCCUGGUGGCACAGUGGUUGAGAGUCCGCCUGCCGAUGUAGGGGACGCGGGUUCGUGCCCCGGUCCGGGAAGAUCCCACAUGCCGCGGAGCGGCUGGGCCCAUGAGCCACGGCCGCGGAGCAUGCGCGUCUGGAGCCUGUGCUCCGCAACGGGAGAGGCCACAACAGUGAGAGGCCCGUGUACCGCAAAAAAAUAAAAUAAAAUAAAAAUAACUAGUUUUUUACAGGUGUUAUUAAAACACAAGAAACUAAACCCCCUAAAUGAGAAUCCCAUCCACAUUCACAAGGCACAUAAAAUCUAGCACAUCUAGUCUUUGACUUCACUUCUCCAGGUUUGUGACACUGUGCAGGUUGUCUGGGCAUUGUGGGCGCCUCUUAGCAGAGCGUCCACAGCACUGUCCACAGCACUAACAGGCUUUGCCAAGUGUAUUGAAGACGUCAAGUGGGUGGUAGGUCUCCGUGGGACAGUUUGCAGAAAGUACAGUAGAAAAGGGCACAUGGCACAGCUAAUAUUGUAGAAAUCAAAUCAGCAUCACUAUCUGGUGCCAAAACAAAUUCUUGCACUUACCCCCUCCCUUAUCCAUGGCAUGUAUCCCCAGCACCUCAACCAAAUCGGGUAACUUCCAGAGGGUCAUUCACUGCCAGCCUGUGGGGCGUGGUUUCAGUCCUCAGCCUCGUUUGACCUGAGGCCUAGCUUCCUUCCUCCCUUCCUACUGGGAUAACACACCUUCCCAGGCCUCCUCUUUGUCCUGGUUGUUGGCACUUACUUCUGGUCUGACAACAACAGCAUCAUUGGCUGGCUGGUCUCCUGGAGCCUGAUGUAUCCCAGCGGGGGGCUUCACUUUCACCCUCUCCCUCCAGGCUCACACCCUCCCUUGCAUCCCCUGCCUCAUGAGCUCACCCUUCUCACAGCUGAACUUUCUGUCAGUUUAGGAUAGAUAAGAAAGCUUGUAAAUACUGUAAUAUAGUAAUUAAUAUUUGAAAGGCGUUCAUUCAGUGGACAAUGAGAAUUAACUCUCCCAAGGCAAGUAAAAGUUAAAUCAAGUAAUUGAUUUGUACGUCGACUUAACAGUCUUACUAGAUUUCAAGUCUUAGGCCUUUCAAAUUAAACCAGAAAGUUGUUAUGUAGGAGUUUUUUAAAUGAUCUGACAUUUGAUGAGAUCCCAUGAACUCAUAAACUCAUGUUAUGUGAUUAGCACCGUGAGCUCAUACCAUGAAUUUUUUAAGGCUUUUAUUUUUCUAACUGUAUUAAUGUUGGACUGAUUUUAGGUGUCACAUAGGAGACAUGAAAGUUUUAAAUUAUGUUGCUGUUUGCUAAAGCAAAAUAGCAGACAAUUUUGUACAUGCAAAACUGCUGAAGGGCCAUGGGGAAAUGUGUACACGUUGACCUGGCUUCCUGUGUGUAAAAGUCAAGGUACUGCUGGUAUGCAGUGUGACAUGACAGUACUAAACGUUUUCCAUUAAAGUCUUUUAAAAUUUAUCGAGGGGAAAAUAAAUGACUUUACAUCAUA